UAUUACCAGCUUGAGACACAAAUUAGAAACAUAAUAUCUUCCCAAUUAAAAGCCAUUGAGUUUUUAUAGCAAAUCUAAUUAGAAAUGUGCCAACCCCAAAGGUAGACGUCGAACGUGAGCGGUACUGAACGGAAAAUGGCAUUUGAGAAAAGCAAGAUACUGAUAUUUGGAGCGACCGGAUACCUGGGAACGUACCUGGUGAAGGCAAGCAUUUCCAUGGGCCAUGACACCUACGCCUACACUCGUCCUCUCAAACAAAACGACAACAACUCUUCCAAGCUCCAACUUCUUAGGGAAUUUGAGUCCAUGGGAGGUGAGCUGGAUGACCAUGAAAAACUAGUUUCUGUGCUUCGACAAGUAGAUGUCGUCAUCUCUGCACUUCCAAUCCCUCAAUACCUUAAGCAACUCAAUAUUAUACAAGCCAUGAAAGAUGCUGGCACCAUCAAGAGAUUUGUUCCUUCUGAGUAUGGAAACGAAGCAGACAGAGUGACAGCUCUUCCACCUUUCGAGGCAAUGCUCUCCAACAAAAGAAAGAUCCGAAGGGCCACGGAGGCGGCUGGACUCUCUUACACUUUCAUCUCCGGCAACUCAUUUGGAGUGUACUUUGUUAACAAUUUGCUCCAUCCAGAGGAGAAAGACCACCAAGUCAUCAUUUAUGGAAGUGGAGAAGCAAAAGCCGUACUAAAUUAUGAGGAGGAUGUAGCAACUUACAUAGUCAUGGCAGCUACAGAUCCGAGAGCGGCCAACCGCCUUGUUAUCAUAAGGCCUCCGGACAAUGUUGUAUCUCAACUGGAAUUGAUUUCUUCUUGGGAGAAAAAAACUGGGAGAAACAUCAUACGAGCUCAUGUUCCUGAGGAGGAAAUCAUAAGGCAAACUGAGACAUUGCCUAGUCCGGAGAACGUACCGCCGGCGAUUCGGCACAGCAUAUUUGUGAAAGGCGAUCAGACGAGCUUUGAGCUAACUGAGGAAGAUUUGGAAGCGUCGGAGUUGUACCCUGAGUACAAGUACACUUCAAUUGAUAGGCUUCUUGAUGUGUUUUUGGUUAAGCCUCCUAGUAAGCCUAAGCUUGCGUCCUUCGGAGCGUAGAAAACUAUAAUGUUAUUUUGCCGCUGAAAUAGUCACAAUAAAGACCGUCAUGUUGUUGGAGUAGCAUGUCCAAAAUGGUAGCGAGUAUCAUCACAAUCCAGUAAUAAAAUUAUGUAUCUUGU